AUGCGUCGUUCCGAAUUCAGUCCUCACAGCGCUCGGCCUGUAUCCGAGAUACUUAGACCGGGAAGCUACGCAUCACCAGAAGCCGAAACCUUGAAUAGUCGAUACGAAGAUCUGCAACAAUAUGAAAAGAAUCUCGAAAGCAUUGCUUCUGCCAACUUGAAUCAGAGUUUCAAGGAAGAACUGCAGCAUGUGGAUCAAUGGUUUCGUUAUUUAUCAGACGCUGAAAAGACGGCUACCGUUUACACGUUGUUGCAACACUCGUCCCAAAUACAGCUCCGUUUCUUUCGCAGCGUAUUACAGCAGCUGAUCCAGCCUGACAUCAUGAAAGAGCCCGUGGAUCAGAUGGAUCUCCCUAAUCAUUUAGCUCAUCUUGGCUUGCGAGACAGCCCUCAUGUCCCAUCGCCACUCGCGUACGCUGAACGAUCGGCCAAAACAGCUCUUCACGAUCGAACGAUGGGCCGUCAUUCGCUUGCGGUCACUGACAUGGAGGAUCGUGACGCAUUAUUCAAGCCUCUCAUAGGAACCGAUCGACUGGAUCAAACGGUUCCAUCGACUUUGGCCAGCGUAUCUUCCGGUGCCACCGCACCUUCAUCGUCGAUUGCGGGCACCACAUCAAACUAUACUGGCAAUAGUUUACUGAAUGACGCUUCCCCCGUGAGUCGUGCACGAAUGUUUCGUGCGCCUGAUUUAAGAGCGGACAUGGGAUCUUCGUUUGGUUCAAGACCUCGAUCUGUGAUUGAGGGCAAUUUAUCCAACUUCAUGUCCAGCAAUUGGAUGACACCGUCUAGAUCUAGCGUGGGAAAUAUUGGCGAUCGUAAACCGGACGAACGACCCAAAUCGGCCGACAUUUCAUCUUGGGCAAUCACGGGAGGGCUGGAUCCCUUGGAUACAUCACGCACUGGCAACGGAUUUCAAUCACCCUGGCGGUUUUCUUCCAACCUUCAAUUUGCGGAUUCCGAGAUCGAUUUUAGUACUUGGCAAGGCACACAGCCCAUUCGACGACAACGACAUCGAUCCAAUAUCCCAGGUACGGUGCCGGAAACCGAGGAACAGCAUCAACGGCAAGCUACGCAAGGCAUGGCGUCUUUCAGUAAUGUUCCAGAGAGCUCCGCCACUGGAUCCACUGCACGCCAGCACAUGGUCUCCCCCAGCUUUGAUCGAGGCUUUGGCACGUUUCUGAAUCCUGCGGAUGCUCGCAACGAUGGAGAGCAAGACUCGUUAAGUGAUCACAGCAAUACGUCUCAUGGGUAUCUGUCAUCUGGCGGUAAACCCUCUUCGCGUGAAAAACAACAUAUGGAAGAAGUGGAUAUGGAAAUAUUAAAAGAUGUGCCAAUGUGGUUUCGCAGUCUUCGGUUGCACAAAUAUACCAGCAUUUUUGAGUCAAUGAAAUGGCAAGACAUUAUCAAAUUGACCGACGAGGACUUGCUGGCCAAAGGCGUCGCCGCCUUGGGUGCUCGACGAAAAAUGCUCAAAAUCUUUGAUACAAUCAAAGUGCACUGUGAUGCGAAUCAUAUCGAUUAUUGA